AUGCUUCGCAAUUUCAAAAUACAGCCUCGUACAAUGGUACGUGGAUUAGCCACUGCAGCUGAUCCAGCAUCUAUCCCAAAUAGAGUACAUGGAGGAUUAAAAGAUCAAGAUCGUAUAUUUCAAAAUGUCUAUGGUAACUAUGGCCAUGACUUAAAAUCAGCACAAAAAAUGGGUGAUUGGUAUAAAACCAAAGAAAUCAUAUUGAAAGGUGAUAAAUGGAUUAUCGAUGAAAUGAAGAAAUCUGGUUUAAGAGGUAGAGGUGGUGCAGGUUUCCCAUCUGGUUUGAAAUGGUCAUUCAUGAACCCACCUGGUUGGGAAAAGAAUGUAGGUCCAAGAUAUUUGGUUGUCAAUGCAGAUGAAGGGGAACCAGGUACUUGUAAAGAUAGAGAAAUUAUUAGAAAAGAUCCACAUAAAUUGGUUGAAGGGUGUUUGUUGGCUGGUAGAGCCAUGAAUGCUACUGCUGCUUAUAUUUAUAUUAGAGGAGAAUUCUACAAUGAAACUGUAAUUUUACAAAAUGCCAUUAACGAAGCUUACAAAGCCGGUUUAAUUGGUAAGAACGCUUGUGGAUCAGGUUAUGAUUUUGAUGUCUAUAUUCACCGUGGUAUGGGUGCUUAUGUCUGUGGUGAAGAAACCGCUUUGAUUGAAUCUAUCGAAGGUAAAGCUGGUAAACCAAGAUUAAAGCCUCCUUUCCCAGCUGGUGUUGGUUUAUUUGGUAGACCAACCACUGUUGCCAAUGUUGAGAGUGUUUCCGUCGCCCCAACUAUUUUAAGAAGAGGUGGUGAUUGGUUUGCUUCUUUUGGUCGUGAAAGAAACUCUGGUACUAAAUUGUUCUGUAUUUCUGGUCACGUCAAUGAACCAUGUACUGUUGAAGAAGAAAUGUCUAUUCCAUUAAAAGAAUUGUUAGAAAAGCACUGUGGUGGUAUCAAAGGUGGUUGGGAUAACUUGUUGGGUGUUAUUCCAGGUGGUUCUUCUGUUCCAAUUAUGCCAAAAGAAACCUGUGACCACGUUUUGAUGGAUUACGAUGCUUUAAGAGAUGUUGGUUCCGGUUUAGGUACCGCAGCUGUCAUUGUUAUGAACAAACAAACUGAUAUUAUAAGAGCCAUUCAAAGAUUCUCCCAUUUCUAUAAACAUGAAUCCUGUGGUCAAUGUACUCCAUGUCGUGAAGGUACUACUUGGUUGCAAAGAAUGAUGGAUAGAUUUUACAAAGGUCAAGCCACUGAAAAAGAAAUUGAUAUGAUUUUCGAAUUAACCAAAGAAAUCGAAGGUCACACCAUUUGUGCCUUGGGUGAUGCUGCUGCUUGGCCAGUGCAAGGUUUGAUCAAAUCAUUCAGACCAGUUAUGGUUGACAGAAUUAAACAAUUCCAAGAACAACACGCCGGUGAUAAGAUUGAAUAUGGUGGUUGGGUUGAAGGUGGUAAAGUAAAAGACGGUGUUGUUGUUGACAACCCAAUGCCAUCUGCUCAUCAUUAA